CCGUCCGGCACUCGUGUUCCCUAGCAACGACAAAUGUUGUUGUAAUGGCGGCCUAGCUUAUCGUCAAUGCUAGCAGACCAGUCAGUUACGGCGGACUGCUCUGCCAUGGACGGUGACAACCUAGACGAGUUGCUCGACGAAGUGGAAAAAAAGUUUUGUUGCAACGUUUCCGUCAGAGCUGACUGCCCUGCGAGCUCCAAAAAAGAUAGAAAGUGCGGGAAGGACAGUGACGUGCGGGGACAUGGAGGGCAUAGAGGCGGCAGCAUCACUGAUGACAUUGAUGCUCUGCUGGAGGAAUUAAAGGAGGAAGUCACUCCAGCUAAGACUGAGCAUCAUCCGAAAGGUCAUCGAGCAGAGCAGACGCAUCCUUGUCACUCUGGAGGGAGAAAGUGCUGUCCUGUCUACCUUGGAGGGAGCGGUAUCACUAACGGAGUUGGAACAGCCACCUCCAAGAGCAGAUCAUGUGACCAGCUGAGAUGUACAUCCUGCGACUUCCGGGUGCUGAUGUUUGAUGACUGGGAGUGGGACCCGUCUUGUGAUUACCUCUUCCUCAGGAACAACAUGCCGGACCAUGAGAAGCUCCGAGCCAAGUUGAGGAAGAGGAACGGAGCUCGAGCAUAUGCCUGCCAGUGCAGCUGGUUCUCCACAUUAGAUGCCACGGAUGUCUUGCUGCAGCCACAGCUCAGAUGGGUGUGUGGCAGACACCUGGACUGAGGGAACAUCACAAGUUAAAACAUGUUUUGGCUCAGAUGUAACAGACAAUCUCAACUAUCUUCGUCCUUUGUUUAAUGGGGGUCUGUGGAUCCCCAUCAUCUUCAACAGCCUGGACUGUUAUGUCAUUUUGUGCUUUUAAUCACUGCUGUCGGUGAUGGGAGCUGUCCAGCCAGUAGAAAAAGUGCUGGUACUCAGACCUAAACAUAUCCAACGGUAGGUUAUGAGAUCAUUAACUAAUUAUUAAACAUGUUCAGACUCUUCCUUUUGCACAUUUCAGUAGCGUCAACCCCAGUGAAGGUUUGCUCUUUGGUGUUUUAUGUGAUUAUACAGAAAAUGCCAGUUUUGUCAUGGUCAGAAAAUGAGAAAAAUAUCACAAUUCAUUAAAAUUAAUUGACAAUCAUUUUCUUUUUCUGUUUUUCAGAAAGUGUACAGUUAAAACAGUAGUACUACAGCAAUGGCAGUAUAUUGAUAAAUUAAAGGAUACAAAUGCCACCUUGAUAUUUUGGAAAGCAAAACAUGUAGAUAUACCAAAAAGCUAUAUAGAAAUAUACAAUUUUUGCUGUCAUAUUUAUUUUCCAAAUGUUUAAAAUGUAAUUUUGUCAUCAUUUUUGUAAUCAUUGUAAAUGCUGAAUUUAUUCCCAUAAUAUAACAUUUCCCCCAACUUAAUAUUUCAA